UAGCGUCGCGGCGGCGGCGGGGGCGGCCGCGGAGAGGCCUCAGAGCGCAGGCGCGGCGCGCGUAACCUCGCUCUCGGCCUCGCUCUCGCGCUCGGCCGGCGGUCCUGGUCUACCCCGCACUCGAGUCGCCGCCUCCCGCGCCCGCAUGCACAGACCCAGCUUCCGCCCGCCCACGCCGCCCUACGCGGGACCUGGCCCGGGCUCGUGGGGAGGCGGCGGCGGCGGAGGCUUCCGGAGCCCCUCGGGCCCGCGCCCACCUUCCCCCCGGGACGGCUACGGGAGCCCGCACCAGACGCCGCCCUUCGGGCCCCGAGCCCGGCCCCGCGUGCCCGCCUCUGGCUCCCCGGCCUCGGGCCCCGGCUACUCGGGCCCUCCGGCCGGCUUCUCCCCUGGCCAUCCGCCCAGGCCGCUGCAGGGUUCACCCAGGACAUCUACACCAUUUGGUUCAGCGCGGGGCAAAGAGAAAAGAAUAUCUAAUGAUGUGGAAAACUAUUUCAAACCUUCAAUGCUUGAGGACCCCUGGGCAGGACUAGAACCUGUUUCUGUAACAGAUGUAAACCAAAAAUACAACAAUGAGCAAACAGUAUUUACUGGCAAAAGGGGGAGAUAUUUUAAUUAAAUGUUCUUAAAAGUCCAAUGGAACUCUCUGUCAGAAAAAGAACAAGACAUCUUUAUUUUAAAAAACAAAGUUGAACUCCACUGCCAAUCUGGAUGCAAAUGCUGCCUUUCUGAAGACUCACCAGCAGUUGAUUUAAUGAGAUUUUGAUAGAUUUCACACCCUGUAUGGACUGUGCUCAACUACUCUUGUGGACUAAUUACUGCCCCUCAUUUUUUUUUUUUAAUAUUUGUAGUAUGAGCUUUCUAAGUCCAUGUUUUGUAAUGUUUUCUUCAUGAAGUUUUUCAGAUGUUCUAUCAGCAGGAUUUGGAGUUCAUGAAAUGGCCUAUUUUGUAACUGUCAUGCUGUUUAAAAUAUGCCAUGUGAUUCUGUGUACCAUGUCUUUUGUAAUUUUAACAAUCUGUCCUACUUAUCAUCAUUUCCAGAAAGAACUGUUGUGGCUUUUGAAAAUUAAAUUGUUAAACCCAUAAUGCACAUUUGAAUCUUUAUUUGUUCAUUUGCUUUUUUGUUUGCGUCAAAAUCCAUGCUUUCGUAAUUAGGCAUCAUCAGCAAUGUUUCCAGUCUGUUUGGCCAUCCUGUAUAGAAACAUAUAAUGUUUAACAAUAAAUGAAUGGAAAAAUG